GAAACGACACAAGGGGAGGAUUUUUGUCUCUGUUUUCUCAAGAAAAAGAAAAAAAAAAUGUCAAAGGAAGUGAGUGAAGAAGGACAGGGCCGAAAGGACUACGUGGACCCUCCACCGGCACCGCUUAUCGACACGGAAGAGCUAAGGCUCUGGUCUUUCUACAGAGCCCUAAUAGCCGAGUUCAUAGCCACUCUCCUCUUCCUCUAUAUCACAGUAGCCACCGUAAUCGGUCACAAGAAACAACAUGAUGCAUGCAACGGAGUCGGUCUAUUGGGCAUUGCAUGGGCCUUCGGUGGCAUGAUAUUCAUCCUCGUUUACUGCACCGCCGGUAUCUCAGGUGGUCACAUAAACCCGGCAGUGACUUUCGGGUUGUUUCUGGCCCGGAAGGUGUCUUUAAUGAGAGCUGUUGCAUACAUGGUAUCUCAAUGCUUGGGAGCAAUCUGUGGUGUUGGACUCGUUAAAGCUUUCAUGAAACACGAGUACAACUCGCUCGGCGGUGGAGCUAACUCGGUGGCUUCGGGUUACAACAAGGGAACCGCUUUGGGAGCCGAGAUUAUCGGCACUUUCGUGCUUGUUUACACUGUGUUCUCCGCCACUGAUCCUAAGAGAAACGCCCGUGACUCCCAUGUACCGUUGUUGGCUCCGCUUCCUAUUGGGUUUGCAGUUUUCAUGGUUCACUUGGCUACCAUCCCCAUCACCGGCACCGGCAUAAACCCGGCUAGGAGCUUCGGUGCUGCUGUUAUUUAUAACAACGAUAAAGCCUGGGAUGACCAUUGGAUUUUCUGGGUCGGCCCAUUUGUUGGAGCUGUGGUAGCGGUUGCUUACCAUCAGUACAUUCUUCGAGCUGCUGCAAUCAAGGCUUUGGGAUCCUUUCGAAGCAAUCCCACCAACUAAAGAAAAAAGGGAAAA